AUGCUUGAUGUUCACUGUUGGCAAGCGUAUCAGUACAACAUGGCUUUAGCGGCCUAUCAGAAUCAAGGUUUGCCGCAACCUACCUCCACCGAUACUUUUCUGCGCAGACGUCAUGAACCUAGUGUUGAUGCUGCCGGUGCUAACAAUGUAGCUGCUGAUCAGACACAACGUGAAAACCCACCUACAUUCCCUAUGCCACCAAGCGCUAGAGAAGUAUCCAUCGUUCGCAAUCCGAAUGGUACGGAUCAUCUGACUGCGCAGUUUGUGGUAGCAUCAUAUCUGCGUCGAUUUACGGCCGAAGUUAUCGAUUUUGUUUUCGCGUUUUUCAUCAAACUUAUCCUCAUCUACUGCCUUGUUGAGAUGGAAUUUGUAGAUCUUAACCGUUUUGACAAGCUCCUUGGCAGUGAGGCCGAUCUUCAGAUGCUUGUGGAUAUCACGCAGGAGUUGUUCCCAUUGGAAUUGCUUGGAAAACUAACGUGUAGCUUGUUGGAGGUAGACUUAUUAUUCAAAAUGAGCUCAGACAGCCGUGCCAUGGUGGUUUUCAGAGCUAUGUUGAGGUCGAUGUUGAAAAACAUGCUCAUCAAUUCUUUGGUGCCGUUUAGCACCGUUGCGUUCGCUUUCAAUUACAACCGCGCGAUCUACGACAUCAUCGCAAGGACAAUUGUCAUUGUUGAGUAG